AUGAUGUAUAAUCCGUUCACAUUUACAAUAAUUGAAUGUCGCGAGCUGAAGGCACAAAGAACAAAGUGGCUCAGUAGAACGCCAGACCGUCCCUCUAAGCGUUGGGAUGCUGCCUCUACCAGGAUCUUGACUAUAGCUGUGUUCCAGCAUCGGUCCACCAGCAAGACCGUUGUUGCUAUGAAUACUCAUCUCGAUGACCAAGGUAGCAAGUCACGCUUAGAGGCGGCAAAAAUCAUACUGGAACAGAUACGACUGUUCACUGACCAGGUCCCCCACGGACAGAGCCCACCUAUUUUUCUUGCGACUUCAACAGUGAACCUGAACAAGAAGCCUACAAUGAGAUGA